AUGCGGAGGCAUUCCAUUCACGGAAUUGUUGCUAAUGAAAACGUGAAGGCAAAAGCUGACACGCGUGUCAGAACAGUUAUAAAGAUAAAUGCGGAUCGAUCGGAUAUCAUGAGCCACGAUAAGAAGCGACAUGAAAUAAUCCUGAUAGAGGUUGGUGACACUGGUCAGGACAGGUUGACUGCAGUCGAGAUCGAAAAAAGGCGAAAGUAA